ACUUGACACUGCAAAUGAUUUCGGACGAUUGUUAACGUUAGCUGACGGUCAGCUGCUGUGUUGCAGUGUUUUUCGGCCCACGGCAAGUAUCCAACCUGCUGGCUGUCUCUACCAUGGAUUCGGAGGAGUCUACAUGCAGUGUGGAAUCCGGCUGUGAUGAAGAGGGCGCUAAGGAGAAGGUUGGUUCGCAGAGCUUUGCCGAGAACAAGAAGCAGGUUCGCAUUUGCCAGCUUGAGGCACGAGUAAAGUAUUUGGAGCUGGAGCUGGAGAAAGCUCAGAGCAAACUAUUGCAAAAGGAGCGCGAGGAGCUCGAUGUGGCGAAAGCUCAGCAGGAGCUCCUCCAAGAACUCAAGAAACGAAAAGCGGUGCAGUAUGAGCUGAUUUGUACGGGCCAGCAGCUGUGUGAGAUGCAGCAGAAGAUCUACGAACAAGAGAAACAGAUCCAGAAACUCUCCAGUGCCAAGCCGCAACAGUCACCCUCUGCGCGGCAGCGCGUGAUCACGCCGCAGCAGGGGUCGCAGGCUCCGCUGCCUAUAUCCAGGUUUGUUUCGGAAGCAUCGUCAGUCACUCCGGUAUUGGAGGCAAGCACUUGUGAUGGAAGUCCCGCGACAGCGCGGAGUGUCAGCUCAGCAAGCCUCAGCCCAACCGCCUCUCAAGCGGAGAGGCUGGCAUCCAAGGAGUCAAGAAUUUCAUCAAAGGAGUCAUCCGGCCUCAGAACCCCUCGUGUGGCAGUUCCACUUUUGACAAACGCAAGGUCUGGCCAAAUCGCAUGGAGUCCAGCUUCAGGGUCUUCAACGCCCUUGUCCGCACGAAUGCGGCCCAGUUUUGCUUCAACUCCUGGAACGCCAGCGACAAUUCUGCAAUCAGUGCUGGUCCCAUCGCACGGUGGAGUGGGUGUGCAGAGCCCUGUUUGGGCACCGAUGAGCAAGGCAACCUUUGCAACAGUGCCGACUCCUCGUCAUGCCUAAGGGCCUGCCCGCGGUGCCAAGCACUUGUGGUCGGCGGCCGUUAGCCAUCAGCCAUCACGGUGCCUUAACAAUGCCCCAGAAGAUGGUGGAUAUUUCCC